AUGAAUAUUAAUGAGAGAGAGGGCGGGGUCUCAGAGGGAGGGCUGAAUGUCACCCUCACUAUCCGCCUACUGAUGCACGGCAAGGAGGUUGGGAGUAUAAUUGGAAAGAAAGGGGAGACAGUCAAAAAGAUGAGAGAAGAGAGUGGUGCUCGGAUUAACAUCUCUGAUGGAUCCAGUCCAGAGCGGAUAGUUACAAUCACCGGUUCUUCUGAAGUUAUCUUCAAGGCUUUUGCCAUGAUUGCAGAGAAGUUUGAAGAGGAUAUAAUUGCCUCCAUGAUCAACAGCACAGUGACAAGCAGGCCACCUGUGACCCUGCGUCUGGUAUUUCCUGCCAGUCAGUGUGGUUCCCUUAUUGGGAAAGGGGGUUCGAAGAUCAAAGAGAUCAGAGAGACUACAGGUGCCCAGGUGCAGGUGGCUGGAGACUUAUUACCAGAGUCGACAGAGAGGGCCGUGACCAUCUCUGGCACACCUCCCGCCAUAACACAGUGUGUGAGACUCAUCUGCUCUGUCAUGUUGGAGUCUCCACCUAAAGGGGCGACCAUUCCGUACCGCCCCAAACCUUCCACUGUGGGAAGCCACACUGUGUUAACUCAGCCUCAUCCUACUCCAGCCUUUGCUAUUCCAGGGCAGUAUGCGAUUCCACAUCAAGAUUUGACCAAGCUUCACCAGUUGGCUAUGCAGCAAAUCCCCUUAUCAUCCCUGGGGCAGAGCAACCCCACCUUCCCCGGUCUGGAUGCUACUAUUCCUGCAACUUCUCAUGAGCUAACCAUUCCGAAUGACUUGAUAGGGUGCAUUAUUGGCCGACAGGGCAGUAAGAUCAAUGAGAUUCGACAGAUGUCCGGGGCCCAGAUCAAAAUUGCCGGCGCGACAGACGGGUCGGCGGUACGUCAUGUCACCAUCACAGGUUCUCCCGCCAAUAUCAGCGUGGCCCAAUACCUCAUAAGUGCUAGCUUGGAGAUGGCUAAACUCAGUAUGCAGGCUGCUGCAUCCUCAGCCACACCAGUUGACCUCAACAUGACCUUCCCCCAGUCUGCCCCGACCGCUUCCACGCCCACUUCCAUGGCUGUUCUGGCCGCCACUGCCACGCCCUCCUCUGCCAUUAACGUCCAGCCCUCCCCUGCUCUGACCGCUCUCCCCAGCGCCCACUAUGCUGUCCCGGUGUCCAGUCUGCUUGGCAUGAAAACCAUGCCCCUGCUGGCCGUGCAUGCGGCGGGAUCGUCCGGCCUGGCCCCGGGUCUCUCCCCUUACACCGCAAAGAUCCCCGCCUCAGCUUCCAUCAAAAAAUCAGAACGACAGAAGUUCGCCCCGUAUUGA